AUGAGAAUUUGCCAUCCAGCGGUAGACAUUGUCCUGAACAAUACAUCAGUCCUCUUGGCAACGCUACUUACAUGGGGCUUGCCGCCGGCUCGCAUACCAAUCUCCGGGGUUGCAUAUGAGGAUCUGGUGGAUAGCAAAGAUAGCCCCUGUACUAACCUAUUCAUGCUGUCCGGGAUUGCCGACUAUGAGCCGCCGGUCGUUCUUGGAGAAUUUCCCCCAUGGCCGUAUCCGCUGGCCGACAAUGAUUUCAAGGACGAGGCGCUUGUUCAAGAGGAGGGAAGCGGUACUGUUUGGCAAGUUAAAGCUGAAGACAACACGUUGUUGUUGUCACUGAAGGACUUGGCAAUGUUUGAUUGGGAUACAGCUGCUGAUGAUCGCUUGCUAUAA